CACACACACACACACACCGAGAGGACGCUAUAAAGCUGCUCUUGACAAAAGUGCUGAAGAUGUGAGGAGGACCGGAGGAACCGGAGGAACUUUCUCACGUUUAACGCUUCUGUUCCACUGGAUUUCGGGACAAAUUCGCUGAUACAUUUUUCAUUUCUCUCUUUAUUGCACAGUUUAGUUCAGUUUUUUUUAUUUUUUUCGCGCAACUCUUAAUAAAUACAUUUCUUUUAAAGAAGAAACGUCUUUCCUCCUGACCAGCCUGCACUCAACAUUAUCGCGAUUUUAGUUUAGUUUCGGUUGUGUGUGUGUGUGUGUGUGUGUGUGUGUGUGUGUGUGUGUGUGUGUGUGUGUGUGUGUGUGUGUGUGUGUGUGUGUGUGUGUGUUUGACGUCGCCGUGAUGAGCGCGUGUCCCUCACGCUCGGUGUCCGCGCUUCACCGGUGUGGUUCCCGUAACACACUCCUGCUGCUGGUGUGUUUGGUGUGCGGGAUAACGGGGACCUGGGGACCGGGACUGUACAGCUACCAAACCGGGACCUCACUCAACAGAGACCCGAGCAAAAGGAACUGGUGUCCUCAGACCGUGACCAAGACGGUGACGUGUCAGGUGCAGAAUGGGACGACUUUACAGCGGGUUUAUCAAACCUGCAGGUGGCCACAGGGAUGCUCCAGUGGCAGUUACCGUACAGUGGUCCGGCCCUCCUUUAAAGUGGUGUAUCGCACUAUCACAGCUUUGGAGUGGAAGUGUUGCCCUGGGUUCAGUGGAGCACACUGUGAUGAAGGUAAGACUGACCUGAGAUCAGCUGCUAGUGUACACACACUAACACACAAGAGAGUGUGUGUGUUUAUUGUAGGGGGAGGGGGAGGUGAGAGGGUGUGUAACAGAGCAGCGUGUAUGAGUGUGUAUCUCUGAUAUGUACAUAGGCCA